UUAAAAAAAGUUUAUAGCCUGCAGACACACUCACUGAGGGAGCCCGCCGCUUCCCUCGUCUUACAUGAAAACAGAGACGAAGUGGAGGAACACACCUGAAGGCUUCAAUGGAGAACCAGGAGGCAGAGGACGGCUCUUACCUGUGUUUCCAGAGAACUCCUUCUCUCAGACGUAAAUGGAGGAAACGUUACGGCGGUCUGGAUGGCAACAAACUGCUGGAGCCCAAUAAAGACCCGGACAUGAAAGAGGAUGGAGGGAUGACAGAUGAGAGCCAGCAGAGGAGCGCUGAGCACCAGGAUACAGCACCCCGCCCAGCUCCCAGAAGCCUGAUCCAGAACCAGGUCCAGACUUCAGUCCAGAGUCCGGUCCAGAAACCCGUCAACCUUGUCAGUCCUGGAUCUGCAGUGUCAGCCAGUAACGGCUGCCUGAAGCCUCCUCUUCCCCAGGCAGUGGUCCAGCCGGAGGACAGAGGCUUCCCCCCCUCUCAGCCCUGGUUCCCUCCCCAGCAGAGUCCGUCCAAACGCAGAGCGGCUGCUGAUGUGCUGUUCGACAGUUUCGCCUCAGAUGGAAGAAUAAACAUCAACCAGUUCUUUGAGGCCAUCUGGAGCUCCGGGCUGCACAGGUCUGACCCUCGACUCAGAGAGUGUUUCUUCCACCUGAGGAAACUGCAGGAUGCUGAAGGAUCAGUGGACAGAAACUCCUUCCACAGGUGCGUCACAGGAUUCGUCUCUCUGAUCCUGAAAGCUCUGCAGGGACGAUUCGUCAUCCCAGAUUUUUCCACUUUCACUGAAGAAACUCAGAAGUUGUUUUCGAGGUGUCGUCAGCUCUCAUCUGUCCAGGACAAAGAGAAGGACAACGUGGACAGCACAAAGUGGGGCGUCUCGAUCUGCACUGUGGAUGGACAGAGGCUGUCCCUGGGUGACUGGGCCGGCCCUCUGGUUCUGGGUGAGGUGUCAUGGCCGCUGGUGUACGGCGUGGCGGUGGACCUGCUGGGCUCUGACCUCGUCCAUCGAUAUGUUGGCGUGGAGGAGUUCUCCAGACACGACUCUCCGUUCACACUCACCAAAACAGGAAUCCCUCACAGCCCACUCACUGAGCCAGGCGCCAUCGUUACAACAUCUUUACUACAGCUGGCGGGGCGGCUGUCUGCUGAGGAAGAGGAGAAGUAUGACUCAGUGCUGAACGUCAUCCGAAGGCUCUGCAACAAGGAGCAUGCCAACUUAAACUGCACCAGUUAUCAGAGCAGCAGGAAGGCCAGUGUCAGACUUCACGCUCUGUCCUUCUACCUGCAGGAGAAAAAGUGUUUUCCAGAGAAGGCGGACAUUAAUGCUGCUUUGGAUCUAAUGCUUCAGUGCGCCUCCACAGAGAUCACCUGCGAAUCAGGAGCUGCCAUGGCCGCCUCGUUAGCCAACGGGGGCCUCUGCCCGCUGUCAGGUGACCAGGUGCUGUCGCCGGUGGCAACGCGGAGUAUGCUGUCCAUGAUGCAGGUGGCGGGGAUGAAGGAUUACUCCACCACCUUCCACUACAAGACGUCGGUGCCGGCCGUGUCCAGCAGCCACGGCUCCCUGCUGGCAGUGGUUCCUGGUGUUUUGGGUCUGAUGGCGUUAUCUCCAGAGACAGACGCCUGUGGAAACCCCUGGAGGGCCGUCCACUUCUGUCAGGAGCUGAUUUCCACAUUUCAGCUGCACAGUUUUGACAUCAGGACUCCGUUCAGACAGAUUCUGGCCUAUAGACAGUGGAAAGCUGAAUCUGAGGGAUACCAGAUCAUGAACGUCCUGCUGGCAGCUUUUAAAGGAGACGUCCAGGCCCUGAGGAGGUACUUCCUGUCUGGAGUGGAUGUAAAUGCUGUCGACUAUGACGGCAGGUCGGCUCUGCACGUGGCAGCUGCUGAAGGUCACACAGAGGUCAUCCGCUUCCUGCUGGAGAACGCAGGAGCGAACCCCGCCCUCAAGGACAGGUGGGGGAGCUCUCCUCUGCAGGAGGCCAGGAGGCACAACAAGGACGCUGCAGUCCAGCUGCUGCAAGGACAUAUCUGACCCACAACACCCACACCCACAAUCUGACCUUUGACCCGGUAGAGCACAGAUAUCUUGGUAACUUCAAUCAAUACAAAAAACUAUACCUCUUCAAACCUGGACAAGUGGGAACUGAGGUUUUAUUCAUAAGUAAAUAAACCUGCUCAUUAAACAGUCAGCGAUAAAAGAAGCACUCUGAUUUUUUAUUGAAGUAAAAGUAGUAAUUCCAUGGUGUAAAAAUACUCCAUGACCAGUGAAAGUAUGAUGCUUUAAAAUGCUACUUAAGUAAAAGUAUUUGCAUCAACUAUCUAUCUAUCUAUCUAUCUAUCUAUCUAUCUAUGUUUACAGAGUUAUCUGGAUAACUUUGCUGAACAAAACUGUCUUUGUUUUAGAUUUUAUGGAGUUGAUCCAACAGUAAAGGGUUAACCUUCACAGAUUAAAAGAGGGUUCAGUGAGGAGUUUAACUUUGUCUCUGGGCUGAAAGCAGCUCCCGCAGCUCUGUGUGACUUCACUGAAUAAUUAAUAUUCUGUUCACAUCAGCUUCUUUUAUAUUGAUGAGAAAACACUGCUCUGGAAUCAGCUGCAGCAGUUUUUUUUUUAAA